AUGAAGGCCUCUGUCCUGUCCGCCCUCGCCCUCCUGCCUCUGGCUUUCGGCGCAGCCCUCCCCAAGCCAAAGAAGGUCGACUACACCGGCUUCAAGGGCAUUCGCGUGAAUCUGCCUGAAGAUGAUCAGGAGGCGAGGCACCAGAUCAGCAAGCUCGCUGCCAGCGUCCUGAACCCUGGCUCUCACGAGGCCCUCGACAUUGUCGUGUCGCCCGAAAACGUAGACGCCGUCUCGCGCCUCGCCACCAACACCACCAUCCUCGUCGAAGAUAUUGGCGCUGCUUUCGCUGAGGAGGACACGGCGUCCCUCUAUGCUGUCCCCAGCGAGACGUGGUUCACGACCUACCACAGCUAUGCCGACCACCUGACCUUCCUCAACGACCUCCAGUCUAGCUUCCCCACGCAGUCGGAGAUCUUCACCACCGGCUCCUCGUUCCAGGGCCGCGCUCUGACGGGCAUUCACAUCUGGGGCAGCGGCGGCAAGGGCUCCAAGCCGGCCGUCAUCUUCCAUGGCACCGUUCACGCUCGCGAGUGGAUCAGCACGAUGACCACCGAGUAUAUGGCCUACCAGCUGCUGACCAAGUACGCCACCGACACCGGCGUCAAGGCCGCCGUCGACAAGUUCGACUACUACAUCAUCCCCGUCCUGAACCCCGACGGUUUCGUCUACACCCAGACCACCAACCGCCUGUGGCGCAAGAACCGCCAGACCCUGAGCGGAAGCUCCUGCGUCGGCCGCGACCCCAACCGCAACUGGCCCUACAAGUGGGAGGUCACCGGCGGCGCCUCGACCGACCCCUGCUCUGAGACCUUCAAGGGCCGCGCUGCCGCCGAUGCCCCCGAGAUUCGGGGUGCCAAGGCCCAGGUCGACACGCUCGCCGCCGGCCGUGGCAUCAGGUUCUACAUCGACUUCCACUCGUACGGACAGUACAUCCUCUGGCCCUUCGGCUACAGCUGCUCCGUCGUCGCUCCCGACGACUCGGCCCUGUCCGCCAUGGCCUCCCGCGGCGCCAGCGCCAUCCGCGCCGUCUCUGGAACUGCCUACACCAUCGGAAACGCCUGCCGCGCGCUGUAUGCCACCACCGGCGACAGCACCGACUACCUCCACGGUGUCGCCAAGUCGACCUACACGUACACACUUGAGCUCCGCGACAAGGGCACCAACGGCUUCUCUCUGCCUGCCAGCCAGAUCCAGCCCACCGUUCGGGAGACCUGGGCGGGUGUCCUUGCGAUGCUGCGCGCUGCUUAA